GAUGCCUUAGUUUAUUCACCUCUAUUAUGGAAAAAUGAAGUUGAAACCAAAGCAUUUACAUUUUGUCCUUUUGAUCUCUUGAUUCCACUUACUCCUCCAUCUUCAACCCUUCAUAGUUGCUUUCAUAAUAUAAUUGAUGCACUGUUAGCCUCAAAAAAUGGUGCUCACAAGCACAGAUGAGUUGGAGGCAGGAACUGAUUCUGGUUAUGACAGGAUAAGUGAACUCAAGGCAUUUGAUGAUUCAAAGGCUGGUGUCCAAGGACUUGUAGAAAAUGGUGUGACAAAAGUUCCACGUAUGUUCUAUUGUGAACACUCUAAUCUCAGUGAUGGCUCAACCAGUGAACUAAAUUCAAAUUUUAGUAUCCCCACCAUUGACCUCACAGGCAUCCAUAAUGAUCCUAUUUUGCGAGAUGGUGUUGUGGGGAAACUCAGAUAUGCAUGUGAGAAGUGGGGGUUCUUUCAGGUUAUAAACCAUGGAAUUUCAAGUGAUGUUUUGGAUGAGAUGAUCAAAGGAACCGGUAGAUUUCACCAACAAGAUGCCAUGGUGAGAAAAGAUUACUACACCCGGGAUCCGACCAGAAAGGUUGUUUAUGUUUCCAACUAUAGUUUGUACCAUGACCCUGCUGCUAAUUGGAGAGACACACUUGGUUGUGUGAUGGCACCUCAUCCACCAGAAGCAGAAGAAUUGCCAGUAGUUUGCAGAGAUGUUGUGGUUGAAUAUUCACAGAAAGUAAAGGCUUUUGCUUCUAUUCUGUUUGAGUUACUAUCAGAGGCACUAGGCCUAAAUCGUUUUCAUCUUGAAGAUAUGGGUUGUGCUGAAGGGUUUCUUCUCCUAUGUCACUAUUACCCAUCAUGUCCUGAGCCUGAAUUAACUAUGGGAAAUAGCAAGCACACAGACAAUGAUUUCAUAACAAUACUUCUGCAAGACCAGAUAGGUGGUCUUCAACUUCUUCAUGACAAUCAAUGGGUUGAUGUAACUCCCAUCCAUGGAGCCCUUGUAGUAAACAUUGGGGAUCUUUUGCAGCUUCUUUCUAAUGACAAGUUCGUUAGCGUCCAGCACAGAGUCUUAACAAAUCAUAUAGGUCCAAGAAUAUCUGUUGCAUCGUUGUUUAGAACAGAUGGUGAUGAGUCACUAGUCUAUGGUCCAAUCAAGGAGCUGUUAUCAGAAGAAAAUCCACCACUCUACAGAGACGUAUCUUUAAAAGAGUACUUGACAUAUUAUUAUGCAAAGGGCAUUGGAACUUCCGCACUAUCACACUUCAAGUUGUGACUAUGAACAGUUGCAUGCAAUCUUCAUAUUUUUGAUAUUAUCCUAUAGUGAAACCAAGACAUAUUAUGCCUUCUUAGUAAAGUUUUUCUGCUUGGACACUUGAAUAGUAUCAAAGAUAUAAGUUAAAUUGAAGAAAUGUGGUAUUGCUGCUUUUGGUUCCUAUAUUGUUGUUCCAAUCCACUAAUUUUCAUACCUUUACCAAUUGAAUCAAGUGACUAAAUUCCUUUAUUACACAAGUGGACGCAGGAGAAUCAAUGUUUAUUUUACCAUUUAGAAAAGUUAAACUUAAGAUCA